AUGUACAGGCGACGCCCACUGGGCGCGCCAACGCCCGCUCUGCGACGGACCACCGAAACACCGUUCGGCAAGGUCCAGCCAACAUUUGAUGGCUUCAAGCUCGCCAACGCCAGCUGGGGAGAGGAGGACUCGCUCUUGCUCCCCGUCACUGGAUGGUCGGAGCCGUCGCCCUCGUCACAUCAGUACACUAUAGGUCUUGACGCCGACAACACCCCCAUCAUGAUCGACGAGUUCGAGACGUUCGAAGAGGCUGUCUUAACCGGCCGUGGUGAGCGCGUCCCUGAUGUCGAGGCAACGCCAGACAGGAAGGGCAAGCGCAAGGCCGAGAGCCCCGGUCUGCCCGCGACCGUCACCAAGCGCCGCCCCCGCCGCUCAAUCGUUGCCCGUCCAGAGGCCACCCCUAGGACAGACGAUGUCUUCGGGAGGCGGAUGACGGGGCCGAGCUGUAAGUGGACUCAGGUUGAUGGCGACCAAACACUGCUGAUCGCCGUCUUCUAG